GGCUAUGGGCGGAAGUUUUCUUCAGAGGCCGAGGGACGGGAAUCCGUUGCCGCCCCCGGCUGGGUGGCACGACCCCGAUUUGGGUAUAGGAGAGAGGAGCGUGGGAACUGGCGGCCCCCCACACAAAUUAAGGCGGACCGCCCGGGCACAGCCCACCCGGGGACCCCCUGGAUGGGGCACGGACCCCGCAAUUCGGCCGCCCUCCCGCCGCCUCCCGUAACCCUGGGCGCCCGCCAGCGGCGCAGCUCGCGCCAAUUCUCGUACGGUUUCACGCCGGGUGCGGCGCUGGACUGCGGAGCCGGUCGGGCCCCUGCGCAAUUUGCGUAGCGAACAGCGCCCGCGCAGGCGCAGGAGGGGGCGGAGCAGCGGGAGCCGGGGAGCCGGAGCCCCGGGUCCCCACGACCUGAGCCAGCUCUCCCAUCAGCGGCCUGAGGACCUGGCAUCCGCCUCCUCCCGCCCCUUGAGGCUGGAGAGUGGACGCGGUGGGGGUGGGGUGGGGCGGGGAGCAGCUUUCGAGAAUUACGAGGACAGAAGGCAGAGGCCCUCCCCAUCCGCAUUAUUGGAAGAGAGCCUCCCCCAGCUUGGGGAGGGGGAGAGCGGGGCAUUGGGCGCCCCCUGCAGCGGCCGCUGCCCUGACCCGACGGGCAUCGGCUGGCUCUCCCCCUCCAGCCAGGACGACACGAGCGACCGAGGCCAGGGACUCCUCUCCUUGGGCCUCUGCAUCCCCCCAUCCCUGGCUCUGGGGCCUCCCUCCCUGACAUGGAGAGUAACCUGUCUGGCCUGGUGCCUGCUGCCGGGCUGGUGCCUGCGCUGCCACCUGCUGUGACCCUGGGGCUGACGGCUGCCUACACCACCCUGUAUGCCCUGCUCUUCUUCUCCGUCUAUGCCCAGCUCUGGCUGGUGCUUCUGUAUGGGCACAAGCGUCUCAGCUAUCAGACGGUGUUCCUGGCCCUCUGUCUGCUCUGGGCUGCCUUGCGCACCACUCUCUUCUCCUUCUACUUCCGAGAUACUCCCCGCGCCAACCGCCUGGGGCCCUUGCCCUUCUGGCUUCUCUACUGCUGCCCCGUCUGCCUGCAGUUCUUCACCUUGACGCUUAUGAACCUCUACUUUGCCCAGGUGGUGUUCAAGGCCAAGGCGAAGCGUCGGCCGGAGAUGAGCCGAGGCUUGCUGGCUGUCCGAGGGGCCUUUGUGGGGGCCUCGCUGCUCUUUCUGCUGGUGAACGUGCUGUGUGCUGUGCUCUCCCAUCGGCGCCGGGCACAGCCCUGGGCCCUGCUGCUUGUCCGCGUCCUGGUGAGCGACUCCCUGUUCGUCAUCUGUGCGCUGUCUCUUGCUGCCUGCCUCUGCCUCGUCGCCAGGCGGGCCCCCUCCACUAGCAUCUACCUGGAGGCCAAGGGGACCAGUGUGUGCCAGGCAGCCGCGAUGGGUGGAGCCAUGGUCCUGCUCUAUGCCAGCCGGGCCUGCUACAACCUGACAGCACUGGCCUUGGCCCCCCAGAGCCGGCUGGACACCUUCGAUUACGACUGGUACAAUGUGUCUGAUCAGGCGGACCUGGUAAAUGACCUGGGGAACAAAGGCUACCUGGUAUUUGGCCUCAUCCUCUUCGUGUGGGAGCUGCUGCCCACCACCCUGCUGGUGGGCUUCUUCCGGGUACACCGGCCCCCACAGGACCUGAGCACCAGCCACAUCCUCAAUGGGCAGGUCUUUGCCUCCCGGUCCUACUUCUUUGACCGGGCUGGGCACUGUGAAGAUGAGGGCUGCUCCUGGGAGCACAGCCGGGGUGAGAGCACCAGUAUGUCAGGCAGUCUAGGCUCUGGGAGCUGGUAUGGCGCCAUCGGGCGUGAGCCGGGCUGGUAUGGGGGCAGCCAGACGAAGACCACUCCUCUGCUCUUCUCCCAGGUGCCAGGACCAGGCGGCCACCACCACAGUCUCUACUCCACCCCACAGACGUGAUCCCCUUCCCUCCCCCACAGAAUACCCAGGUCCCAGUCCCCGUCACCCUAAGCCCCUGUGCCAAGUUUGCCACUUCUUGCCCAGGAUCCUGGGGGUCGUGGCUGCCCCCUCCUCUGGCCAGCUCCUUGCUGCUCCUGUCAUAGUGAGCUUGUGCCGUCCCCCUAGGAUGGGGGCGUGGCCCUGGCUGCCAGAUGCCCACAGCACCCUGGCAUGACCUGCCACCUCCGCUUCCACACCGGAGCCAGCUACCUCUCCUGUGCCUGCCACUCAAUAAACAGUGUCUGCGCCCCACAGU